AUGUCCACUCACACGCCCCAUACUUCGACGACCCCAGCCGAGAUAGCAUUUGUCGACGAUGCCGAACCAUUCGCCCCGAAACCCCUCAUCGACGACCUCCUCCGAACGCGCUACUGCAUCCCCGGCUCCAUCUUCCUUAUUGAAGCCGUCGAUACUCUCCCCGUGGCCCGGUCGAAGCGAUGGAGGGCUAUCAGGCUGCUACUGGGAGAUGGAGAGCUGUGCAUACAGGCGCUUCUGCGCGGAGAGAUGCACCGCUUCCUCGAUACAGGAGCUGUGAGAGUCGGGGCGUACGUCCGUCUCGGCGAGGCUACGGUGCAUAUCCAGAACGUCGGUACGACGGACGAUGAUACGGGACGGGCGAGACAGAUGGUCUAUCUCAUUGUCGAGGAUCUUGUCACUGUGGGAUGGCAUCGCGCAAUCACCGAGCCCGAUCUAGCUCCACAAGAGCAGCAGCAGCCGCCUGCGCCAGAAGAUGAGCUGGUGGUAUCCGACAGCGACUUGGAUCUCGACGCUUUGGACGCUCCAGAGAUACCGGAAAGUACGAACAAAACUUGCCGGACCAAUCCUCGCGAGACAACUCCAACGAGACCGCCGCGACCGACUCCGAAAACAGUCCCUCGCGAACACACGGCCGAUGAGGACGACGAGGAAGAUGCCGAGGAAGGAUUCGAAGUAAUGCAAGUUUCGGAGACCAAAGCAACACAACGAAGAGCUCAAGUGAAGGACAUCGGAGCGCCCGUGGCCCUACCGCGCGACUGGACGGACCCAAGCAUCCCGCUGAAGUUGACGAACCUCAAAUCCAUACCGAACCUACCCUACAAGCAAAAUUGGUCCGUCAACGUGCUUGCGAUAAUCGCAUCGCUAUCGGAACUCGAGCCUUCCCAUAUGCCUCCGCACAAACAGAGAACGGCACGGCUCGUUGACCCGAGCACCAGCAAGCAGGUCAUCUUGACAGUUUUCCUCGAAGCAGAGCAGUUCAAUCCAAAGGUCGGCAGCGUGGUGUUGUUGGUGGGCGUCAAGAAUCACCGGUUCGACGGCGGCUGCCUCAAGAAGUACGUCAGCGACCGGCCAAGACCUGGGAAUAGGUGGUGGUUCGAGGAGCCUCGACAGUUCGAGUGGUGCGACGUGGACGGCCUGAAGUCGUGGUGGCAGCAGAAACAGCUACAGGGUCCUGGCCUCGAUGCCACAUGA